GGUAGGAGGAGCUGGCACGAUCAUCUUUCCUGAUAAGGGUGAAGAUCCUACUGCUUAUCCUUCCAUGUUUCCAGCAGCUUCCGUGGGAGACUUGGUAGGAAACGCCAUAUUAAGUUAUUUGAAAUCUACAAAAUCACCUACAGCUUCACUAACUUUCAAAGGAACCACUUAUGGAAAGCGUGCACCAAUGAUGGCUGAGUUUUCAUCGAGAGGACCAAAUCUAGUUGGUCCUGACCUGCUCAAACCGGACUUGACUGCACCAGGAGUGAACAUAUUAGCAGCGUGGCCAAGUAUAAGUAGCCCAUCUGGGGAGGAGGGUGACAAAAGAAGGGUUCUAUUCAAUUUAAUGUCAGGGACUUCGAUGGCUUGCCCUCAUGUUAGUGGCCUAGCAGCACUACUUAUAUCAAGGCACAGAGAAUGGUCGCCAGCGGCAGUUAAAUCAGCUAUGAUGACAACCGCUUAUAAUUUGGAUAAUAGAGGGAGUCCAAUUAAGGAUGUUUAUACUGGUGGCCCUGCAACACCUUUUGCAAUUGGUUCAGGCCAUGUUGAUAUACAGAAAGCUUCUGAUCCGGGAUUACUAUAUGACAUCGGCCCUCAUGAGUAUUUACAUUACUUGUGUAGCCUCAAUUAUAGUCCUUCUCAGAUAGCCUUAUUUGAUCGGAAUUUCACAUGCCCCAAAAGGUCCACCAUGCAGCCUGGAGAUCUGAACUAUCCUUCCUUUGCAGUGCCUUUUGAGAGUGAUGCUGUUACGAUUACCUACAGAAGAACUGUCACAAAUAUUGGAAAUCCUCCAGUAGGUACUUAUAAAGUGCAAGUGGAAGAACCCAUAGGAAUAUCAGUUAGGGUGAAGCCUAACAUUUUAAGUUUUAAGAUGCAUGGUCAGAAGCUACAAUACAAGGUGAGUUUCACUGUAAAAAGACCACUCACUGAAUCUGAUGACUCAUCAUUUGGAUCUUUAACAUGGGUGUCUGAGAAAUACGCGGUCCGAAGUCCUAUUGUAAUAACUUAUAUAUAGAGAGAGCCCUGUGCUUAUCAUAACGGAAAGCAGGGGAUUUAAUCAUGUACUGCUCAAGCUAUUGUGUGUGUGCUAUGCUUAUGUGUAAUUAAUGUUUGAUUGGAAA